GUUACCAUCAGACGCCAAAACGUCUAGCACAGCAUGUUGACACUCGUGAACGUUAUUGAACUAAACCUCUCUGUUUUUCCGGGACAAUUAACUAUCUGCAAAUUUAAAGAAAAUGCUGAUACUGGAAUUACAUCCAGUUACGUCGGUGCCACUAGUGCCAACAAGGUUUUUGUCCGACAUACCAAUCCGGUACAACAAGAUCAAAUCCAGUAUUUGAAUAUCGAUCAGAGAAUUACAGCACUCUGUAAUCAUCCUGUUUAUCAUGCUGCAGUUGUUAUAGGCACAACAUCACACUUACUUGUAUAUGACAUAGCUGAAAAUAGAACUAUGAUGAGUAAAGAGAUUGAAAAUGGUGUUGGAGCUGUAUUGAUUGGGUCGUUCAAUGAGGAGGGUGAGAUAAAUGUCAUUAUUGGUGGUAACUGUUUCCUCCAGUGUCUGAACAUGGAGGGCAACGAGCGUUACUGGAAUGUCAUGAGUGACCAGGUUUCCGCAUUGGCUCUCUUCGAUUCUGAUGGCGACGGCCACAAUCACUUGAUCGCUGGAACAGAUGACGGAAAUCUACGUCUGUUUAAAAAUGGACGCAUGACCUCUGAGAUCAAAGAAACGGACGCUGUCACGUACCUAACAGCCUUGACAGAUCAUUGUUUUGGUUAUGCUUUAGCCAAUGGAACUGUGGGUGUUUACCACAAACGCAACCGCCUAUGGAGAAUUAAAUCCAAGAAUCAUAUUGUGGCUCUGGCAUCUUUCGAUGUGGAUAAUGACGGCCAUCCGGAAUUGGUAUGUGGAUGGAGUCACGGCCGGUUCGAUGCUAGACAUUGGCAGACGGGAGAAGUUGUUUUCAAGGAAAAGCUUGAUGCUCAGCACUCUAUUGCAGCCCUAGUCGUAGACGAUUGGCUUCAAAUGGGACACGCACAGCUUAUUGUAUGCUCACAGCUUGGUCAAGUUUGGAGUUAUCUGCCGAGUGACUUGGAAUCAACUUCGCUUGACCGGAUCAAGGACGAGUAUGCCACUCAAGCAGAGGAAGAGGCCAUCCGGUUGUUACUCAUUGGUAAACAAAACCUCUUAGCUGAGCUGGAACAUAUCCGACAAUCUGGACCUUCUACCGAAGUGGCUGACGAAGAAAUGCAUUUGACAUUGACACAUAACCAAGAAAAUGUACUACUUCAGUUAGAAGGAGGCGGCAUGAUUAAUGCUGUGAUAGUCUUUGCCGAAGGCCUGUUUGCAAAUGGAGAGAGCCACGCACUCCAUUAUGACCCCCCGAGGACAUCAGUCGGAAUUCCCCUGCCGGUUCAACGAAACUUGGCCGUCGAUUUGCAUGUGAAUGCUAUCUUCGGCUCCCCCAACAGUGAACUACUUAAAGUAGUUGAAAUUGUUCAUCCAUUGCCGACUUUCUCGCGCUUCAAAUCCGUUUCAUGGUCAUCUGCGGAGAAUCCCUCAGCCCUUCAAUUCCGUAUAACGGCUCGUCUUCAAGAGCGGAUACAAAGGAUCGGGUUUUGGAUAGCUCAGAAUUUCAUUGUGUCUCCGGAGUUGCUUAACAGUGACACAUCAAUAGAAUUGGCCUUCGAAGUUCUCCCAUGGCGAACACCUCUAACAAUGAUUUUCCGUAAUGAAGGCUCCUUUCUGAUCGAGUCAGAUCGUCUUGACCAUGUGUCAGAGUUGAUUCAACACCUGGCUAAAUUCUUCAAUGUCCAACACUUGGGAACCGAGAUUGAAAUUAGGGAUGAUCAUCGAAAAGAGCUACUUGAGCUGAUGGAAGGUGUUCGCGGAUACCAGGCUAUUCGGCAACGCCUCACGGUAGAUAUGGCUGAUCAGGUGAAUGAAAUCAGGAAUUGGUAUAAUGAAUCAGAAAACGCCCGUUUGAUGAACGACAUGGUGGAAAUGAAACGUUGUUAUGCCGCCAUAUUGAGCGGAAAUCAACAACUUGUCGACCAACAAAACAUCCGUGACUCCAAUUACAGCGAGCUAAUGAAGCGCCUCAAGCAAAUCAAUCUUCAUGUUCAACAUUCCUCUAACUGUCGCGUGGGGAAAUAUCAAACAGACGUAAUUCAAGCUAGUCGACAGGCUAUUAAAGCGGAAGACUUUGAACAACUUAUCAAGAUCACUUUGCAUGGCAUUGAAAAUCCUUAGAAAACAACUAUUCAUUUGGUUUUGAUCUAAACUUGUAAUCUUUUGUAACUGACCUAACCAGUCUUCUGCUAUCAGUUGACUAGAUUACCUGUAAAUCUAUUCAACUUUGACUGAAGAUCGCAAAUGAUUUCUCGAAA